GCGGGGCUUUACCUGCCCACACCUGCAGAGGUUUGAGACUGAAGACUGAAGGAAGAAAAACAGACAGAAAACAAAGUGACAAGAAAAUGUUCAGAUCAAAAGAAUCGAUCUGAUUCUCUGGUUUGAACCCAACUGAUCUGGACUAAUCUGAUCCGGGUUCAGUCCGAGUUCACCUGGAUCCUGAACCACUUGAGACUUACUGAAGAUUUCUCAACUUUUACCUGAAGCAGGAAGUGAGAGAAGGAGGAGCCGACAUGGGUAGUAAGGAGCGCUACCAUUGGCAGGCUCAGAACGUGAAGGUGAGCGGGGUGGACGACAUGGUGCUGCUGUCCAAAAUCAACGAGGACGCCAUCACCGAAAACCUGAAGAAGAGAUACAUGGACGACUACAUCUUCACCUACAUUGGUCCAGUUCUGAUCUCUGUGAAUCCGUUCAAACAGCUUCCAUAUUUCACCGACAGAGAAGUGGAGGUCUACCAGGGAGCGGCUCAGUAUGAGAACCCCCCCCACAUCUACGCUCUGGCUGACAACAUGUACAGAAACAUGAUGAUCGACAGCGAGAACCAGUGUGUCAUCAUCAGCGGCGAGAGCGGAGCUGGAAAAACUGUUGCUGCCAAGUACAUCAUGAGCUACGUGUCCAAAGUGUCCGGAGGAGGAGACAAAGUCCAGCAUGUUAAAGACAUCAUCCUGCAGUCUAACCCCCUGCUGGAGGCCUUCGGUAAUGCGAAGACUGUCCGCAACAACAACUCCAGCAGAUUUGGUAAAUACUUUGAGAUCCAGUUCAGUCGAGGAGGAGCUCCUGAUGGAGGAAAAAUUUCCAACUUUCUGUUGGAGAAAAGUCGAGUGGUGUCACAGAAUCCUGGAGAGAGAAACUUCCACAUCUACUACCAGCUGUUAGAGGGGGCGAGUGGGGAGCAGAGGGAGAACCUGGGGGUCACAACCCCCGACUACUACUUCUACCUCAACCAGUCUGGAACCUACACUGUGGAGGACGUCAACGACAAGAAGGAGUUCUCUGAUACUAUGGAGGCCAUGUCAGUAGUGGGUCUGUCUGUGGAGGAUCAGGAUUCAGUUCUUCAGCUUGUUGCAGGAAUUCUUCAUCUUGGAAACAUCAGCUUCAGAGAGGAAAACAACUACGCUGUGGUCGAAAGCCAGGACUUCCUGGCCUUCCCGUCCUUCCUGUUGGGGAUCUCUCAGGACGGCCUCUGCAGUAAACUGACCAGCAGGAUUAUGGACAGUAAGUGGGGCGGGAAGACCGAGACCAUCUCCGUCACCCUGAACACCGAGCAGGCCUGUUUCUCCAGAGACGCCCUGUCCAAAGCUCUGUACACCCGGCUCUUCGACUUCCUCGUCGACUGUAUUAAUAAAGCCAUGCAGAAGGACCAGGAGGAGUUCAACAUCGGGGUCCUGGACAUCUACGGCUUUGAGAUCUUCCAGAGAAACGGCUUUGAGCAGUUCUGCAUCAACUUUGUCAACGAGAAGCUGCAGCAGAUUUUCAUUGAGCUCACCUUGAAGGCAGAACAGGAGGAGUAUGUCCAGGAGGGGAUCAAAUGGACGCCCAUCGAGUAUUUCAACAACAAGGUGGUCUGUGACCUCAUUGAGUCCAAACUGAAUCCUCCUGGGCUCAUGAGCAUCCUGGACGACGUGUGUGCUACGAUGCAUGCUAAAGGUGAGGGAGCAGAUCAGACGCUGCUGCAGAAACUCCAGGGACAGAUCGGAUCCCAUGAACACUUCAGCAGCUGGAACCAAGGAUUCAUCAUCCACCACUACGCUGGGAAGGUGUCGUAUGACGUCAGCGGUUUCUGUGAGAGGAACAGGGAUGUGUUGUUUAAUGACAUCAUCGAGCUGAUGCAGAGCAGUGAGUUUUUGUUCAUCAGAGCUCUGUUCCCUGAGAACCUGGAGGCUGAGAAGAGAGGGCGUCCGAGCACCGCCAGCAGUAAGAUCAAGAAACAAGCUAACAGCCUGGUCCAGACUCUGAUGAAGUGCACUCCUCACUAUAUCCGCUGCAUCAAACCCAACGAAACGAAGCGUCCACGGGACUGGGAGGAGAACCGGGUCAGACACCAGGUGGAGUACCUGGGCCUCCGAGAGAACAUUAGAGUCCGCCGGGCCGGAUAUGCCUACAGACGGGCCUUCAACAAAUUCCUACAGAGGUAUGCCAUCCUGACAAAGGACACCUGGCCUUCUUGGAGGGGUGACGAGCGCCAGGGAGUGCUGCACCUUCUCAACUCUGUCAACAUGGAUCAGGACCAGUUUCAGCUGGGCAAGACCAAAGUCUUCAUUAAAGCUCCAGAGUCGCUCUUCUUGUUGGAGGAGAUGAGGGAGAGGAAGUACAAUGGUUACGCUCGGGUCAUCCAGAAGGCAUGGCGGAAACACAUCGCUGUCCGCAAGUAUGUCAAGAUGAGGGAGGAAGCCUCUGACGUCCUGCUGAACAAGAAGGAGCGCCGCAGAAACAGCAUUAAUAGGAACUUUGUGGGUGACUACAUUGGGACAGACAACCAUCCAGAGAUCAGACAGUUUGUCGGCCGCAGAGAGAGGAUCGACUUUGCCGACGUUGUGGUGAAAUUUGACCGAAGAUUCAGGACUGUGAAGCGUGACCUCAUCCUGACCCCAAAGUUCCUGUACCUGAUUGGACGAGAGAAGGUGAAGCAAGGUCCAGAUAAAGGGCAGAUCCAGGAGGUUCUCAAGAGGAAGAUUGAGCUCAACAAGAUCCAGUCCGUUUCCCUGAGCACUCUGCAGGACGACUUCUUCAUCAUCCACGAGGAGGAGUAUGACAGUGUUCUUCAGAGCGUCUUUAAAACGGAGUUCCUUAGUUUGCUGGUAAAACGUUAUCAGGAGAAAACUCAGAAGAAACUGCCACUGAAAUUCAACAACCUCCUGGAGUUUAAGGUGAAGAAGGGUGGCUGGGGUCCGUUCAGCUCUUCAGGGUCCAGACAGAUACAGUUCCAGGUGGGCCAGGGGGACGAGGCCAUCCUGAAGCCCAGUGGGAAGGUCCUGCAGGUCUCCAUUGGACCGGGUCUGCCCAAAAACUCCAGACCAACGAGGAGGGACAACCGCAAGAGUCGUUACAUGAGCAACCAGGCUCCGCCGACCAGCCAGUACAACUCAGCUCCUCGCUCUAGAGGGGGUGGAGCUCGCAGAGGAGGCUCUGCCUCCUCAAGAGGGUCCCUGCUAAGGCAGCAGUCCAGCAUGGAGCAGCCCAGUCUCCCCAGAUUACAGAACCAGCAUCGGCAUGACAACCGCUCCCCCAAGCACCAAGACAUGGGCUUCAUGGAUGUCCCUGACCAGGGCGCUGCUGGGCUGCAGCGGCGGCGUUCAAAGGAGGUGAAGCCUCUUCCUGGAGCAGGUCGACCCAAACCUGCGCCCAAACCGAAGCCUCGGUCUCCACAGUGCAAAGCUCUGUAUGCCUACGAUGCCCAGGACACCGAUGAGCUCAGCUUCAACGCUGAUGAUGUCAUUGAGAUACUCACUGAAGAUCCGUCUGGCUGGUGGUUCGGACGGUUGCGGGGCAGAGAGGGGAUGUUCCCUGGAAACUAUGUGGAAAAGAUCUAGACCUCCUGUGGGGGGGUCAGAGGACGGCGACCGGAGCUGACAGGAAACAGGAAGCUGAUGAUUGAAUAUGACGAGUUUAUCCGUAAACAAACACGUAUGUUUCAGUCAGAGUGACAACAGCUGUCGAGCAUCCAGAGGUGCAGCUGAUCAAAGGUCACGGUCUGACUCCUGGACUGAAGCGUCUGUGUCUCCAUAACACUGUGUACAAUCAGGUGAAAUGUCCCUGUGUGACUUUUUCUAUGGAAACAUAAUAAGAAUAUCAUUGUAAAAUCCUGCUAGCGCCCCCUACAGUUUACAGUCACAAUAUAAAAGUCUUGAUAAAACAACAUAGUGAGUCCAGUUUUCUUCUGAGACAAAGAAAAUCAGUGAAUAUCUUCUAACUAAAUGAAAACUGUCUGCAGACAUCAGAAGAUGAACAGAAAGCAAACGUCACACUGGAACUUUAAACAGAAAAUACAUCUUUUCUAUUCCUCUGAACAUGUAAAAAAUCUGAAUGUCACUGUUGAAAAUCUGCAGGUUGGAGCCAUCUGAUCGAAUGAUAGAAUAAACAUUUAUUAGAAAAGUCAAAAUAAAUGUACAUACAUACACACAUAUACAUGUGAUUAAACCGCUUUUACAAUUAAAUCAUGUCCUGCA